AUGAUCAUAUACGGUUCAUUGAUUCUGACUCCAAUAUCACACCAAUUGUAUGCUAUUUUAAACAAAAUUUAUAAGGGACCCAAUUUAUCCCCAAUUAUGAAAGUCGCUCAAAUAUUGACCUCAUUAUCUGUGAUUACCCCAACGUUGGCAGCAGUUUUUGUUAGUUGGUUGUCUUUUAUAAAUAACUACGGCUUACCUACAAAAGGCUUCAACAUCAUAAAUGAGAUAAAGAAGAUAGGGGCAAUCAUUAAAAACGGAUUGAAGAAAAGUUACUUACCUAUUUUAAAAUCAUCUCUUGUGACUUCAACGUGUACGAUGAUUAUUGCUCAAAAGUUUAUUCAACCAGAAUUGUGGGUUGUUUUCUUCAACCUUGUUUUCUUUGUAUUGGCUACGAUGCAAAAUACGAAGGUGAAGAAGCAACAACAAGAGUUACUUAAGAAGAAGGAUGACUAG